AUGUCAUCGUCCACUCAAGCCUCUUUCUUCUGGAUGAAAUAUGGCUUCGAUAAUAUUACACCGCUCAAGAUGUACAACGCCAACGUGUCCUGCGCAAUCUUGAGGAGUUUUGUGAAAAACACUUGCGCGAGAGAUGUUGAGGAUGUGUGCAAGCAGAAAUAUAUUCAGUUGGGCAUCGAGCUAGAUUCUCUCAACAGAGCGCUGCAGGUUGCCCAGGUGCGCGACGCAGCGACAACAUCAGCGACAGACAGAUCUUCGGAUGGGGGCACUAGCUCGCGUCCAGCAAGUGGGGCCACUUCAUCUCGCCCGAUCACGCCCUCGAUGCAUGCGGAUUUCAAUGAAUCAGCGGACGAGAGCAUAGCAGAGAUCGUCUCCAAGAAAUCUGCAACCGAGUAUCAGCUUCAAGUGGUCGCAGCAGCUUCCAAGUUGGCGAAAGAGCUGGUUGCAGGUACAGCUAUCGUUGAUCUCGCGGACGACCUCGGAACUCGCCUCAAAUUAGACGAGAUGGGCGAUGCACGAGCGAACUCAAUCCUGAAAUCUCGAGCACAAUACACCGCGGUGGCUGUUACUGUAGACGACAAAGGAUCGCCUCACGUCGUGCCACUGGUUUUCAAGCUGCACAAGCCUUCCGCAGACGCACCUCCCUCUCGACCAAGCAGCGGUGCCGCAAAAGCGACUGGGACUACUGCACCAAAAUGA